GUUGGGAUCAUGGCCUAUACGCCGCUGCUGCAGAGGGAGCUGUCGCUGUGCACGGUGCUGCAGCCUGGUGGGAAGAAGUCGACGUUCUUCUUUGGCUUCGUGGCAUCCACCACUAAGAGGCCCUUUCAGAUGCACGCCAUUGCCAAAUCCGCCAUGCGAACAGGCAAGUCAUUUGGUGGUGGUGGUGGUGGUGGUGGUGGUGGUGGUGGUGGUGGUGGUGGUGGUGGUGGUGGUGGUGGUGGUGGUGGUGGUGGUGGUGGUGGUGGUGGUGGUGGUGGUGGUGGUGGUGGUGGUGGUGGUGGUGGUGGUGGUGGUGGUGGUGGUGGUGGUGGUGGUGGUGGUGGUGAUGAUGAUGAUGAUGAUGAACAGGUGAUGGUGAUAAUGGCAUUGCGGUGUGCCUCUACCCAUCACCCAUAUUGUCUAGCCUACGCAUAUCUCCUUGUCCACCCCAUCCCUCCCCUCACAGAACGUGGACUCGCAGUAUCAGAAAGCACGUUUGCACCACCUGGAGCGAGCCCAUUCUCGCGCUAUGUGAGCACGGACUACCAAUGGAUGGAUAACGAUGCAAGCGUGGACUCGUGGGCCAUCCGUGACUUCCACUCCUGGAUCUCCAUGGCCUUCCUCAAGUGGCCUGUCAAGGAUCAGCUGCUUUGCAGUGCAUGCUGGGCAUAUGCGGUGGUGGCGAGUGUGGAGGCUGCGUACGGCAUCGCAUUGAAUCAAGCUGCUCCCCAGCUGUCAGUGGAGUCACUCUUUGCAGCCAUGGGGCUCACCGAUGCAGACAAGUGCACUGCUGGAGGCUCCCCCACUUCAGCCUUUGAGAAGCUCGUCACUCUUGAUGCCAGCAGUGGGCUCACAGGAGUCAAUGACCUGGGAACAAGCUACCCGGUGGCAGCAUUUGAGCGGGCGCUCUUCAAGGGGUACUUCGGGCUCAUGCUGGCAGUGCGGCGCCAGCCAGUGGUGGUUCACAUCGAGGCUUCGGCCGACACGUUCUUCCAGUAUGAUGGGACGUUCAAGUACCAGGACCCUGCGUGCUACACGGGCAAUCUGAACCAUGUGGUGCUCGUCGUUGGCUACUUCAUCAAUCGAGACGACGGCAGCCAGAGACGCAUCUCACCUCCAUUUUGGGUCAUCCGCAACUCGUGGGGGGUGGAGUGGGGAGACAAAGGCCACAUGCGCAUGGGCAUUCAGGGAGGGGAUGGCGUGUGUGGCAUCAACGUGCUGCCUGGCAUCUACCCCGUUGUCAAGAACCAGAUUGGCAUUGAGCCAGCCAUGUGUGGAGUGCAGGAGGUGGGGAUAGCGUUAGCAGCUUCCAUCAGCAAAACUUCUGGCACAAUGGCUGCUGGGUGGGGCCAAUGCCGCGAGGACCCGGUAGGCGUGGAUGAAGAAGCUGGCUGGGAAGCCGUGCUCUCCUUCUAG